CACGUUUUUAAUUUUUGUAUACAAAGUUCGUGUAAUCAUUAUAUUCUAGUUUUUUUUCACUAUUUGAUUUUUCGUCGUUGAAACAAUAAUGGAACGUCGUAUUAAGCUAAAAUCAUUAAAUCCAUAUAUUACAUGUAAAAUAUGUAAAGGAUAUCUAAUUGAUGCUACAACCGUUACAGAAUGUUUGCAUACAUUUUGUAAAAGUUGUCUUGUUAAACAUCUUGAAGAAAAUAAUACAUGUCCAACAUGUAAUAUAACCAUACAUCAAUCACAUCCAUUACAAUAUAUAAGCUAUGAUCGAACAUUACAAGAUGUUGUCUAUAAAGUUGUUCCAGAUCUACAGCAAAAUGAAAUCGAACGUGAAAGAGAAUUUUAUCGUUCACGUGUUAUGCCAUAUCCAAAAUCUAAUCUAAAUUUAAUUAAAAUGUUAAAAGAUGGUAAUUUGAAUCAUCCAAGUCAAUGUACAAGCGAAAAUUAUCAUCGUGAUGAUGAACAAAUUGGCAUCGAAUUAAUAACAAGUUCAGAAGAAUUAAUUAAACAGAUAAAAGCAAAAUUUAUUCGUUGUUCAUCACAAUUGACAAUAAAUCAUUUGAAAAAAUUUAUAUCAAAAUUGAUCUAUAAAACUACCGAUAAACAUAAAGACAUUGAUAUACUCUAUAAUGAAGAAUUACUUGGUAAAGAUCAUACUUUGAAAUUUGUUUUUGUUACUCGUUGGCGAUUCAAGAGUGGACCAUUAAAAUUGUAUUAUAAACCAUCACAUAAUUUAAUUUCAUAAAUUUUUUUUUACAUCAACUCAUUUUGAAUUCAUCAAUUUAUCAUCAUCAUCAUUUUAUUU